GCGUGGGGCGGGGCGGCCGUACGACGCUUCCGCCUACGUCACGGCGCGCGCCGGAAGCGGAGGCCGAAGCAGGCAGUGGCGGAGGGCGCGGCGCGGCCGGGGCGAGCGAGAUGCCUGUGACCGUGGGCCCGUACGGGCAAUCGCAGCCCAGCUGCUUUGACAGAGUAAAGAUGGGUUUCAUGAUGGGCUUUGCAGUGGGCAUGGCUGCAGGAGCGCUUUUCGGCACGUUUUCCUGCCUCAGGAUUGGCAUGAGAGGACGAGAGCUGAUGGGUGGCGUUGGCAAAACGAUGAUGCAAAGCGGUGGGACGUUUGGGACAUUCAUGGCUAUUGGUAUGGGAAUCCGCUGCUAACCUGGAGCUCGGGUUUUAUCCCAGAGUGCCCCGUCCAGCCCCGUCCAGCCGUUCCUCCUCUGUACCAUAAUAAAGGCUUUAGAUACCCAGAA